GAGCUGGUCUCUUCAAGCUUCUCCUCUCGUUUCUAUACCCUCAAUCGAUACCAGGCCAGCACUUCAUCGCCGAGCGAUUCAGCCUCGGCAACACAACAUUGCAACCCGCUUUUAGUAUCCUUACCAUAGCCAAGUUACUGGACUUCGUUCCGGACACCCUCAGACGUCGCCCGAAUCGUCCGGUCAUCUUGCCUAUCGGAUUACACACUGUCUAUCACAAGCGAUAUGUCAAGUCGGCACAAUAUUAUGGUUUUACGGAGAGGGGAUACAACAUCGGCGGCACCAACGUCGACGAUCAUCCGUUCUCCCGUCUUCAUUGCGCUGUUGGGCGUCAUCGUAUGUCUGCUGCUUCUAACACUCGCACUGGGACUGGUGCUACGCAAGGCCAACACCAAAUUGGAGACUUCGCCAACUUGCGUGACCUGUACUUCUGUCCAAUGCACGGAAGUUCAGCAAACCCAGAAGCCAGGUCAUACUUUGGGAUACCAGGACCGACGACAAGCAUCACGAAGCGAUGUCUCCGUGAUCGAGGCAAAGAAUCUCACGCUUCAUCCGGCUGGACUCCAGGUCAUGAACCGAACGGUCACCACCUUGAGUGAGGUUCCAUCGGUCCCGUUCAGAAGCGCUCCGCAGGAACGAACAAGUAUGGCAGAACCGUCGCGGGUGGCUGCGACUGUUCGGCUAGACCGUUAUACCAAAGCUCUACCUAGCUUUCCGGAGCCCGUCCACAAGCUGGAAUUCACGGCAGCUUGCUACAAAUCUGUUCGCCAUGACAGUGGUCUCCUGAGCGCCGAUUUGAAGCCAGGUGGCGCAACGUCCUCAGAGCUCAGUAACAGCUCCACGAGGGACAGCACAAACUUCCAUGAGUCGCUUGUCGACCUUGGCUCAUGUCCGAGUCCCGGGUUUGCGAAAGAAAGCAUCUCCAGCCCAGUCGCUCCCACUGUACUCCGAUCGACUGCUCCGUCCGCCCUCACCGGUCGAAGCCUGACUCAUCCAGUGUCUUUGCCGGCGCACUGCAGGCCGCGACCCCCUAGGCAACCUUCGCAGCUGUCAUCGUCCUGGAUCCCCGAUGACGAAGAAGAUGCAGACUCCGAUAGCGUCAAAGAGGCGGAAGUGCGUCAGGUCACCGCGGUGGCGUAUCUGCAGGCACCCAACAGCCCGAACUCCCGGUAUCCGACCCUGCGCAAUAGAGAUCGUCCUCUUCCAGUGAUGCUCUCGCUGCCAUACGAGUUGGCCGAACGCGGCUCGACACCCAUUUUCAGGGGACCGAUUCCAGAUGUUCGGGAUUAUCCCGUGUUUUAUGAUACGUCUGGUUUCAAGAUCAAAUCAGAAUACUAGCUUUCUAACGUAUGGCGCUCUCACCCCGCCUCUUUGUACGGUAUAUAGAUCAUGCUGAAAUCGAUGUCAUUAAGGU